CUCUCCUCUUCUUCCUCUCGCCAUCUCACUCGACUCGCCCAAGAACUCGGAGGUGUUCGACGCGGUCGCCGCCGCAGCAGCAGCGAGCCAUGGAGGCGAGGGCGUCGCCGUCUCCGUCGCCGCAGCGGCCUGCGUCGAUGGGUAGAGGCGGCGGAGGAGGCGGAGGAGGAGGGGACGCGAGCGCGGCGCUGUCGUUCAUCUACAAGGGGUGGAGGGAGGUGCGGGACUCGGCGAGCGCGGACCUGCGGCUGAUGCGUGCGCGGGCGGACUCGCUGCGCACGCUCGCCGACCGGGAGCUGGAGCACCUCCUGGUGUCGGCGUCCACCACGGUGGCGGCGCCCGCGCCGCCCGUCGCGGCGGGGGCGCCCAUCGCGGAGGUGGAGUUCGUGCGCAACCGGAUCCAGCCCAAGAUCUCCGAGCUGCGGCGCCAGUACGCGGCGUCCGGGGACUGGGAGCUCGGCCUCGGCAGGAGGGUGCUCGAGGGCUGGGUGGCGCCUCCGCCGCCCAGGGGCGCCACCACCGCCCGCGUCGACCUCUCCGGGAUCACCGCCAUACGCAACGCCCUCGUCCCUGAGGUCGCCGGCGGCGGCGGGGCGAGCACCGCCUGGUGGAGCGGGGAUGAGAUGGAGGAGGAGGAGGAGAAGGAGUGGGAGGUGGUGAGGAUGAUUCGCGGCGGCCUCAAGGAAUUGGAGCGCCGCAGCCAGAGCAGCGGCGAGAUCUUGGGGGGAAUCCCUGGCCCCAGCGAGCUCGUCGAGAAAUUCAAGUCCAGACUGAAAUCAUUUAACAUGGAGCCUCUUGGAUCCAAGGAAGUUCCUCCUCUUGAUCUGACUGAAAUUAUGGCAAAUCUAGUUAGGCAAUCUGGGCCCUUUUUGGAUCAACUUGGUCUAAGGAGAGAACUACGUGACAAACUAGUGGAGACAUUGUAUAGCAGACAAAAUCAUUCCCUUUCAGCAGAUUCAUCCUUACUCGGAGAUGAUAACUCAACGGAUGAGCUUGAUUUAAGAAUUGCUAGUGUGCUACAAAGUACUGGUUAUCAUACAGAUGAUGGUUUAUGGAACGAACCUUCAAAAUACGAGGUUUCAGACAAUAAAAGGCAUGUUGCAAUAGUCACCACAGCAAGCCUACCAUGGAUGACAGGAACAGCAGUUAAUCCAUUGUUCCGGGCAGCAUAUUUGGCAAGAAACUCAAAACAGGAUGUCACACUGGUGGUGCCUUGGCUUUGCAAGUCAGAUCAAGAACUUGUGUAUCCAAAUAGCAUGACCUUCAGUUCACCAGAAGAGCAGGAAACAUAUAUAAAGAAGUGGCUGGAGGAAAGGCUUGGGUUUGAAUCAAACUUCAAGAUAUCAUUUUAUCCUGGCAAGUUCUCCAAAGAGCGCCGUAGCAUCAUUCCUGCUGGGGAUACAUCACAGUUCAUUUCAUCGAGAGAAGCUGAUAUAGCAAUAUUGGAAGAACCAGAGCAUCUGAACUGGUAUCAUCAUGGGAAUCGUUGGACUGACAAGUUCAAUCAUGUAGUUGGCGUAGUUCAUACGAAUUACCUAGAAUAUAUCAAGAGAGAGAAGAAUGGUGCUCUUCAAGCUUUCCUGGUCAAACACAUCAACAAUUGGGUGACCAGAGCAUACUGCGAUAAGGUUUUACGUCUGUCUGCAGCAACUCAGGAUCUUCCUAAGUCUAUUAUUUGCAACGUCCAUGGUGUAAAUCCAAAGUUCCUUAAGAUUGGAGAUAAAAUAAUGGCCGAUAGGGAGAAUGGGCAGCAAUCAUUUUCCAAGGGAGCAUAUUUUCUGGGCAAAAUGGUAUGGGCCAAAGGUUACCGGGAACUGUUAGAUUUGUUGGAUAAACGUAAAAGCGACUUGCAAGGAUUCAAGUUGGAUGUAUAUGGAAGUGGCGAGGACUCACAAGAAGUCCAAUCUACCGCCAAGAAACUGAACCUGAAUCUAAACUUUUUUAAGGGAAGGGACCAUGCAGAUGACUCACUCCAUGGGUACAAGGUAUUCAUCAACCCGAGCAUCAGUGAUGUCCUGUGCACAGCAACAGCGGAAGCUCUCGCGAUGGGGAAGUUCGUCAUCUGCGCGGAGCAUCCAUCGAACGAGUUCUUCAUGUCGUUCCCGAACUGCCUGACGUACAGGACCCCGGAGGAGUUCGUCGCCAGGGUGAACGAGGCCAUGGCCAGGGAACCCCAGCCUCUCACCCCGGAGCAAAGGUACAACCUGUCGUGGGAGGCAGCAACCGAGAGGUUCAUGGAGUACUCAGACCUCGACAAGGUUCUCAGCCAACCUGUUACAGAAGGCGUGCACAGAAGCAAGACGAGAAGAACAAUUCAGAGUAAUCUGUCGGACGCCAUGGAUGGAGGAUUGGCGUUUGCUCACCACUGCCUAACUGGUAGCGAGGUUCUCAGGCUGGCAACGGGAGCGAUUCCUGGUACGCGCGACUACGACAAGCAACACUGCGUGGACAUGGGCCUCCUGCCGCCUCAAGUGCAGCACCCUGUAUAUGGUUGGUGAAGUAAACCAAACCUGCAUCUGCAUGCACUAAGUUACUGGAUAGUUUGUAGGUACAUAUGUACUGUACAUGACAAGUCAUGUAGAUCUUUGUAAAGUCUCGUACUGUAACAUGGGUAACUAGUCUAAGCUAUUGUUGUCAUUGUAUUGUACUGCUUGUAGUAAUAUUGUUUUUUGUCAGUAAAAUUGGAGCUUCAAGUAUAUAUGGUACGUUGGUACUAGGUUCCUUGUCAACAUGAAGCUCUCCUUUGUGCAGACAGCAAGUUAAUGGUAUAUACCUUUUCAAA